AUGCAUCGAAAGAAACGCGACGGCACGCCGGUGACCGCCGCGGACGUCGCGGCGCAGCGCGCGUGCGCGGUGACGCUCGUGAGAUGUGGAUCCGCGCACGCGUUCGUGGGUGAGGAGCGAGCGAAUGACGUGGACGCGGACGCGGCGUGGACGCGGGCGACGGCGGCGGCGUUCGAACGGGCGCGCGCGAACGCGAACGCGGGCGAAGACGAUGGGUCGGCACCGUGGUGGGUGUGCGAUCCGGUGGAUGGCACGAAGGCGUUCGUGGCGAGGGAUGGGUCGGGGCAGUUCGUCACGGGGUUGGCGCUCGUGGACGCGGAUGGGGUUCGCGUCGCGGCGAUGGUGGCGCCGACGUGGGCGGGCGGCGGCGCGGAGAUCGUCGCCGCGCGAGGCGCGGGGUGUUUUGCGCGACGGGGGGGGGAGAAGGAGUUUUAUCGCGCGGUGUGCGCUCGAGCGGAGACGCUGGGGGACGUGCGAGCGGUGAUUUCGGCGCACGAGACGUUUACGAAGUUGCCGCUCGGCGUCGCCAUCGGAGAGCCAGAGUCGGUUAUAAAAUUAUGCUGCGGCUCGCUGUGCAAGUACGUGAGUGUGGCUCUGGGAGAGUCGAAUGUUUUCAUUCAGCACCCGUCGGCGAGGGGCGAUGGAUUCGUGAACACGUGGGAUCACGCCGCGGGCGUGCUGUGUUGCGCAGAGGCGGGCGCCGUCGUGUCCGAUUUACACGGCGAUCCGUUGAACUUUGCGAGCGACAGACGUCGACUCGCCCCGGGCGGUGGUGGCAUCAUUUGUGCCGCGAAGGAGAUUCACACCGACGUCGUUCGUGCGUUUCGCGUCGGUUCUUCGAACAUGUAG